CUGAUAAUGGUCUCUGUGCUCCUCUUAUCUGCCUGUUGCCCCUCCAUGUUCUACUCAUACAUACUUCGCGCCCUACCCCUACCUCAGGGACCUCUCUCCAAUGCAACUUGGAUUGGCGGGUAAUUCUCACCAUCUCAACCACAUCCCACACACAGCAUACCAACCCCCAGGAGACAACCUGCCUGUAUGGGACGAAGCUGAAGCUGAAGCUCGCCCUCGAAUCCUGGCGGCCAAUCAACGACAACGUGCGCAUAAGCAGGUCAGGUCACGUCCGUCUCAGUAGACCACCAGUAGACCAUGGCUGAGACCUCGUUGCCGUCGUCUAUCUCAGCCCUCGCACCCCGUCCGCUCCCGCUUCCCCGAAUCACUAUCCGCUUUUGUACCCAGUGCAAAUGGAUGUUAAGAGCCGCAUACUUUGCCCAGGAACUCCUCUCGACCUUCUCAACCUCCCUUGGCGAAGUAGCUUUGCAGCCGGCGACGGGGGGAAUCUUUGUCGUCGAGAUCUACUAUACCCCUUUUCCCGCCGCCACCGCAUCCCGGUCGUUGGAGGCGCCAAGUAACAAUAUCGACGAUGGCGGCAGAGACGGCGCUCCGAUACAGAUACAGCACCGCGUACUCUGGGACCGUAAGCUUGACGGCGGCUUUCCCGAGACUAAGGAGCUGAAGCGGCGGGUGCGCGACACCAUAGAUCCGGGCCGGGACCUCGGCCACGUCGAUCGGCACUCCGGGACCGCGCCUUCGUCCACCGGCAAGACAGCCACGACCACGGCCACGGCCACGACCGUAGCGAACCAGCCAGGUACGCUGAUUGGGGCUGGCGCAGCGGUAGGGGGGGCCGCUACAUCAUCUGUAUCCGGCGGACGAGCGAGCGAGGCUUCUAUCGGCCUGAACACCCACCCGGGAGGUCAAAUCGGCGGAACGGAGACGGAGACGGAGACCGGACAGACCAACCAUACCUCCCGGGGCGAUUGCGAGGACUGCAAAUAAAAAAUUCACUACCUACCCCCCUCCCUGCCUCUUUGACUCGCCUCAUCGAUUCCGCAAACGGCGAUGUUAUACCUAUAACCAGUAUUAUCGCAGGAAAAGGGUAAGCGGGCGGCCAAGUAACUGAGCAAGACUGGUACCCAAUCACCAACCUGGCUACGGUCAUAUAGCCGAGCGCAGCUCUAAUCAAAACGGCCGUGGUACGGCGAUAGCUUAAGGCAGGGGCUGAAGGUACUAUAUCGAGAUACCCGAGAUGUAGGCACAUAGGAAGGAGCGCCAGUCAGAGGCUUCCAGCUAGCUGUCGCCGAGCCGAGUAGGAUAUACUGCUGGUAGCGAAGCUUAGUGGGCAAUCAAGGGAUAUGCGCUCUCGAAAGCGACUUCACGGAUACUCCCCACCUCCACCAUUCGCGGACGCAUCGUACACAAUGCAUGCAGAACGGGGGAGA